GACGUAGUGUGGGGGCCCUCAGAGCAGCCGCAGCAUAGCUAAGCACGGUGAAAUGUUAGUUUGACGUUUCGAUAUUGAAUGCAGUCGUGUGAUUCAUGCAGAGAAGAAGUUGGAAGUUUAUUUGAGAAGUCUCUCUCUUAUCUAAAAAUUCUCAGUUCCUUAAAUUUUUUAUUUUUUGUGUGGUGAAACAUCAUCGCAUAAUGACUUCAACCCAUUGGGAGGAUUUCUAUGCAAAUCAUCUGCCACCCACCGAUUUUGAAGACAAUCGCUCCCUCCUCAAGGAAUUCUGUGAGCGGCACAAUAAGCUCAAGAGUAACAUCGUUCUAGUCACGUCAGGAGGAACUACGGUCCCAUUGGAGCACAACACCGUGAGAUUUGUGGAUAACUUUAGUGCUGGCACAAGAGGUUCAGCAUCAGCUGAAUAUUUUUUGGAUCAUGGUUAUGCUGUGAUUUUUAUGCACAGGGUCAAAUCUCUUGAACCCUUUACACGACACUUCUCCGGGCAGCAGUACCUUGAUAUGCUGGAGCUACACGAAAGUGGGCCAAGUACCACCAUUACAGUUAAACCCCACUCAGUGGAUGUCCUUGCUCCAAUACUGGCCAAAUAUAAAUCAGCUCAGGAGAGUCGACGUAUCCUUUAUGUGAGCUUUACCACCGUAGUGGACUACAUGUGGCUACUACGGGCUGCAUGUGAGAACUUAGCUGCCUUUGAGCAACGUGCCGUAUUCUAUUUGGCCGCUGCCGUUUCAGACUUCUACGUACCUUCAGACAUGAUGCCAACACACAAAAUGACUUCAGGCGAAGCACCCACCAUCUCAUUGCAGCUAGUGCCAAAAAUGCUGGCACCCCUUGUUAAUAUCUGGGUACCCCAUGCAUUUGUUGUGUCAUUCAAAUUGGAAACCGAUGAGAAUCUCCUGAUAGCAAAAUCACGCGAAAGUCUCACAAAGUACAAACACAAGUUAGUAAUUGCCAAUAUCCUACAGACACGUAAGCAUAGGGUGGUCUUUGUGACGCCAGAUACAUCGUAUGAGGUACACCUGACACGUGAACAAGCGCUGUCUGGCUUGGAAAUAGAGGAGCCCAUUGUGGCGGAUAUUGUGUGCAAACAUGAGGAGUUUAUUGAACAAGCAUCAUCAAAUCAAUGACCAACACGUCAACGAAAACAUAUCUCGGCAGAUUGUUCCGUAACAAUGCCGCACUUUUGCCACAUUGUUAAUACCGGUGUACCCCGGAGGCAGAAGGAUGGAAACUAAUGAUGGCGAAACUGGAUGAUUAACAAUUUUACAAGAAUGAUUUACUAAAAUUGCAGCAUUUGAACUUUAAAAAAAACAACCAAAACUGCAUUUUUUUUUUCUAGUAAGUAUGUAGUGCUGUUAGUAAGUAUAGUAGAACCAAUAAGUUUUAUGUGGUGCUAGAUUUUUUAUGAAAAGAACAAAAACUUUCUGUUGUUGCUUUUGUAAAACCAAAAAAAAAUGAGAAAAUGAGAAGAAAAGCGUCAGAACUGGUAGUUCUCAAAACCCUUUUUUUAGAGCAUAGAUUUUUCCAAUUUUUGAAACAUAUUUACUUAAUUUUUUAGCCCUUUUAGAUAACCAUUUUUUAUACAAAAAACAUACCAGUUUUUUUUCUAUAUAGAACAUGUUUUUUAUAAUAUAAUAAUAAAAAUCAUAUUUUAUAUCCAACAAUCCAAGAAAACUAUAGAGUAAUGCAAGAAAAGAAAUUCCAACCAAUCUCCCACACACAACUAAUAUAUAGAACAAGUAUUAGUUUAAAAAAAAUACACAAGAACAUAAAAAAACCAAUAUAUAACUAGAAAUUCCGUGCCUGUAAGACCUGGUAAAUGAAAUAGAAUGAACAAAAGAAAAUAGAUAAAAAAAAAUACCAAAAUGGAUAAUUCUCACAUAAGUAUACACAAAUAUAUAUUUUAAUAAUUAUUAAAAAAUAUAUAUAUCGCAAUAUAUACAAAAAAAAAAAGAAAUCAUAAUGGAAAAUGUUUUCUUCCGUAUUUUGCUAAAAGACAGAAUAAGAAAAAAAAAUUCUUAAGGCAUUGAGAAUGUUUGGAAUCGCUAUGGCUAUGAAAUUUCAUUAAAUCAUCAUAAAAAAAUGUAGGUAUCAAAGAGACCGUUCGAAAAGCGUUUUAAUAUUAAUUGAAAACGAUCUAUAUACUAAACUCUUUAACUAUUUCAAACAAAACAAAAAGAUCUUAAUGUCUAUAAUCCCAAAUUUCAUAAAAUGAAAAGGAAUUUCUCUAAAAAGAAAAUCUUUCCAAAAAUCCGAAUUAGCAAUAACAAAAAAAAAUUGGAAUAUCUCUUAAAAUUUUGUAUUAGGUAUCCUUUAAAAAGAAAACGGUGUUUACAUGUUCGUAUGACUAAUUAAAAUGUCAUAAGAAUUAAAAUGAAAAAAAGAUAUUUAAAAAAAAAAUAAAAUGUGAUAGAUGGUUUGAUGUUGGCAUUAACACGUUGGUUGGACCAAGUUGUUAAGUACAGUAGCUUUUACUUAAAAAAAAAAGAAGAAAAAAACUAAUAAUGGUUACUUGGUAUAGUGUAAUCAUUAGCUGGAUUUUGGAGAAAAAAAGAACUAAUAUUAUAUAUUCAACAGGGUUGUAUUGUAAAAUGUAUUUAGAUUUUUAUUUUCGGUUUUUCAUUCAAUGUGCUAAAAUGGCAUAAAUCUACGGUAGGGCAAUUUGUUAUUUGCCAAUGUUAUACAUGUAGACAUAAAAGAGAUGGAAGAUUAGAAAUAAAAGUAUAAACGGAAAAGAAA